AUGAGGAUACUCUCAUGGAAUAUCAAUGGCAUCAGGACGCUGCCCAAAUACCAUCCAUGGAACACAUUCGAAUCAUGCGAAGGUAUUCUAGAUGAACUGAAGGCAGAUAUCAUCUGCUUCCAAGAGAUGAAGUCAUCCCGUGAGAGCCUACCACGCGACGUCGCGCUCCCAGGGCAUUAUCACUCCUUCUUUUCUUUUCCAGUCAGCAAAGGCGGAUAUAGCGGUGUUGCUGUCUACGCGAAUUCGCGCACUGCAGCCCCUCUCAAAGCCGAGGAAGGACUGUCGGGCAGGCUACAGCUUCAGCCCCCACUCUCCCCCGAGGAACGCGUCUCGCCUUCGUAUCCCUAUCCACACGAUAUCACUGCAUAUCCUGAUGAGCAGGGCGAGGUUCCGGCAACAUUCGAGGGCCUAGACGCUGAGGGACGCGGCCUCGUCGUCGACUUCGGGCUCUUCGUCCUCAUCAACGUCUACUGUCCGAACGAGACUUCGGAUGCGAGGCUGUCGUUCAAGAUGAACUACCAUCUCAUGCUACAGGAGCGCGUGCGAAAACUUAUUGAAGAGGAGCAUCGUGAGGUCAUCGUCCUCGGCGACAUUAACGUCUGCGCGACGCCCCUCGAUCACGCUGAGGGACACUUCGCGAGCAGCCAAGACACCUUCUACGACCACCCUGCGCGCGCAUGGUUUCACAAGUGGCGAAGUCCCAACGGCCCUAUGAUUGACGUCAUCAGGACGUUUUGGCCGGAGCGGAAAGGCCUAUACACAUGUUGGAACACGAAGCUGCAAGCUCGCGAGACGAACUAUGGCGGUCGCAUCGACUACAUCCUCGUCACCAAAGGCCUGCUCCCAUGGAUUAGCCAUGGCGACAUUCAGCCUUCACUGAAAGGCUCAGACCACUGUCCAAUCUACAUCGAUCUACGCGACGAGAUUGUGCUCGAAUCUGGGGAGACCGUCACACUCCGCGACGCGAUGCAGCAGACAGACGUUGCUCGGGACCCUCCCCGGCUCGCUGCCAAGUUCUGGGACGAGUUCUCUGGGAAGCAAACCGUCCUGUCGGCAUUUUUUGGCAAGCGCGCAGUGUCGAAGGAUGCGUCCAACAACGAACAGCAGACCCCUCCAAUACUAUCCGGUUCUCAGCGAGCUGACCCGCCCGGCAACAGCAGUGCUGUGAUGGACGUGGACGUUCAACUUUCGGCGACCCAAUCCGCCUCUCAGCCUAUCGCCUCCACACCCGCACCAUCCCCUGAAGUCUCGAAGAAGAUUAAGCCUCCACAACCGUCGAAACUUGCACCUACAUCAGCCACAAACAAGCGGAAGCCUCUCGAACCCACCGCUAGCUCGUCCAAGAAGCGGAAACAAGUCAAAGGGCAGGCGAGCCUCGCGUCCUUCUUUUCCAAGCCGGCCGCAGCCUCCCCCUCCAAAUCGCGCGAAGUCAUCGAGAUUGAGGACGACGCCCCCACAGCCUCCACCUCCGCACUUGCCCCCGACACCCCACCCCUCAGCCAAGCAGAACAGGACCAGCUCGACGCGGACUACCGCCUCGCUUGCGAGCUCGCGCAGGAGGACGCAGAACCUUCGCCCACGCCAUCGUCCUCCCAGGAUCCCACACAGAAGAAGGCGGCGUGGUCGGAGCUUUUCGCGCCUAUACAGCCGCCGCACUGCACCGUGCACGGCGAGCCGACGAAGAUGUACACCGUGAACAAGCCGGGCCCGAAUAAGGGCAAGACGUUCUUCAUCUGCUCGAGACCCGUUGGGCCUGGGUAUGACAAGGGCAAGAGCGAGCGGUUGAGGGAAGAGGUCGACCACCGCUACCGUUGCAACUACUUCAAGUGGACCAGCGAUGUCAAGAAAGCGUCUCUCCGGGAGCGAGAGCGGACACGCACAUUGUCGCAGGGCCCUUGAAACCCCUUCUCCCGCAACCUCACUUCACUGGAUCCCUUCCACGCCAUGUUUUCGUUGUUGUCGCACCCGUACAUACGUUUAGG